CGACACAUCUCGUUUGUGCAUGUCUUCAGGCCGGUCCUUGUCUAUAUGAUUGUAGGUAGAGUAAAGGAAAUUUGUGUGUAAAAUGGCUCCGAAGAAGAAGCAACAAAAGCAGAAGUCCUCAUCCUCGUCAUCCAAUGCCAACCCCAAGUCCUCUUCAUCAUCUGGUCCUAAGCUCCAGAUAUCUCUGGAAAACGAGAAUCGACUUCGUCGACUGUUGCUUACUUCUGGUCGAUCGUCGACAACUGUUCAGCUUCGUACUCCGGCCGAUGAAUCACUCUCCAGGGAGCAGAAGUCCAAGCGGCUCCGCACCGUUUAUGAGAAGCUUUCUUGCGAAGGUUUCUCUAAUGACCAAAUCGAACUAGCCCUUUCUGCUAUAAAGGAUGGAACCACUUUUGAGGCUGCAUUAGAUUGGCUUUGCUUGAAUAUACCAGGGAAGGAGCUUCCUACUAAGUUUUCUGCUGGAACUAAUCUUCAUGCAAAUGAAGGUGGAGCUAUUGGUAUCAUAUCAACUGCACAAGAUGACAGGAUCACACCAGUAGAUAUUUCUGCUAGGACUGAGGAGCCUCCUGAAGCUGCUAUUAUGAUAAAGCAACGUUCUGAGGAUGAUACUCUAGAUUCUCGUAAUCCAUCUCAAGCAGAUUGGAUCCGACAGUACAUGGAACAACAGGAAGAGGAUGAACAUGAAUCAUGGGAAGACUAUGCAAAUGAUAUGGAUUCUUCUAAGGAGGUAUCACAAACCAAUAUGACUGUUGAUUCUAUUGUUCAUGAAUACCAUAAAGCACGUCUAGAAGCUACGAAUGCCAAAGCCAGGCGAGACAAAGUGAGCCAGGAACAAGCUGGGAAAUUAAUCCGUAAAUUAAAGCAAGAGAUGGCUAAACUAGGACUAUCUGAUGACAUCCUGGAUUCACAUAAUGAGAUUUCGUCCUUCACCGACUUAAAUAUUGUGCCCAAUGAGUCGAUGGAUUCCUUGCAUCCUAUGGAGGCUCCUUUACUUGCUGUUAUUGAGUCAGCAGGAGAGAGAAAUGCAGAAAAAAUAAGCUCGUUAGAGGUGGUUACUUUAGAUGAAAAGGAUAUUGCAACUGUUCCUGACCUAAUGUUAGAUGAAGACAUUGAGGAUGUAGAGCUUGGUGAUUUCUUCUUGGAAGAUUUUGUGACUAGUGAAACCUUACCUCCAACAGUUGUGAACCUACAAAAGAAAGAACAGAUUAGAAAACUGUCUGAUGGGAAAAAUUUAGAGAAACUAGGAGGCAUUUGGAAGAAGGGGGACCCACCAAAAAUUCCAAAAGCUGUUCUUCAACAACUUUGUCAAAAGUCAGAGUGGGAAGCACCUAAAUAUAACAAAGUCCUUGGUAAAAAGAAUAAUUUCAGUUAUACUGUGAGUGUAUUGCGUAAAGGUGCUGGGAGAGGAAAAAACAGAAAAUCUGGUGGAUUAGUUACUGUACAACUUCCCGAUCCAUAUGACAUUUCGGAAUCUCCAGAGGAUGCACAAAAUAGGGUUGCCGCGUUUGCUCUCAAUAGCCUAUUUCCUGAUCUUCCCGUCCAUCUUCUUAUUACAGAGCCUUAUGCUUCACUUGUUCUACGUUGGGACAAAGGUGAGAUGCUGCCAAAGUUCGGAAUUGGUGAUGAAGAUCGAAGGACUGAUUUUAUAGAUUCAUUGUUGAAUAUUGGUGGCCAUGAAUUUGUUUCUUCUGUUAAUGCUUUGGAGGGCACUACUAUAGUAAAUUUGGCAGAGUCUUCUACUGAAGAAAAUGUUUCUCCUGUUGUUACUAAAGGUCAGAAUCAUUAUAAAGAAGGAGAUAGCAUUAACCUCAGGAGGGAACACGAAUCUAAAAAGAAGAUGCAAAAAUACAAGGAUAUGCUAGCAUGUAGAGCUGCUCUUCCUAUUAUGGGGCUGAAGGAUGAGAUAUUAAGAGUGCUGAAGGAGAAUAAUGUCCUUGUUGUUUGUGGAGAAACAGGCUCAGGAAAAACAACUCAGGUACCACAAUAUAUACUAGAUGACAUGAUUGAAGCAGACCAGGGUGGCUACUGUAACAUCAUUUGUACUCAGCCUAGAAGAAUAGCGGCUAUCUCAGUUGCUGAAAGAGUUUCAGAUGAGCGAUGCGAAUCUUCACCAGGUUCAAAUGGUUCUUUGGUUGGAUAUCAAGUUCGUCUUGAUAGUGCAAGGAGUGAAAAGACAAAGCUUAUGUUUUGCACAACUGGCAUUUUAUUGAGGAGAAUUGCGGGAGACAAAACAUUUUCUGGUGUUACUCAUGUCAUAGUUGAUGAAGUGCACGAACGAUCUCUUCUGGGGGAUUUCCUUCUCAUUGUUUUGAAGAACCUGAUUGCAAAACAAUCUGAUAGUAGCACCCAAAGGUUGAAAGUUAUCCUCAUGUCUGCAACGGUUGAUUCAGAUCUGUUUUCAAGAUACUUUGGUAACUGUCCUGUAGUUACUGCUCAAGGACGAAUGCAUCCUGUCUCAACUUGUUAUCUGGAGGAUAUAUAUGAAAGUAUUAAUUAUCGCCUUCCUUCAGAUUCUGCAGCCUAUAUAAGUAGUGAUGUAUCUAAAAAUAAUAAGAGUGGUCUAGUUACCAAUCGCAGGGGAAAGAAAAACCUUUUGCUCUCUGGGUGGGGUGAUGAAUCUUUGUUGUCAGAAGAUUAUACAAAUCCAUAUUACAUACCAAGUGAUUACCAAACAUAUAGUGAAAGGACUCGACAGAAUUUGAGAAAACUGAAUGAAGAUGUGAUUGAUUAUGAUCUUCUUGAAGAUCUAGUACAUUACAUUGAUGAAACACACUCUGAAGGUGCCAUACUUGUUUUCUUACCAGGACUGUCGGAAAUUCACAUAUUACUUGAUAAACUAGCAGCUUCCUCCAGAUUUGGUGGGCUGUCCGCCGAUUGGAUUCUCGCUUUGCAUUCUUCAGUCUCAUCUAAUGAUCAAAAAAGGGCUUUUCUACGACCUCCAGAUAACAUUCGUAAGGUGGUAUUGGCUACAAAUAUUGCAGAGACUAGUAUAACCAUAGAUGAUGUGGUCUAUGUGAUUGACUCUGGAAGGCAUAAAGAGAACCGAUACAAUCCAUUGAAGAAAUUGUCAAGCAUGGUUGAGGAUUGGAUAUCACAAGCCAAUGCUAGGCAACGUCGUGGAAGAGCUGGACGUGUAAAACCAGGAGUAUGCUUUUGCCUGUAUACACGCCACAGAUUUGAAAAGAUCAUGCGCCCAUUCCAGAUACCAGAGAUUCUAAGGAUGCCAUUGGUGGAACUGUGCUUGCAAAUAAAAUUGCUUUCUUUUGGAAGUAUAAAGGCAUUUUUGUUGAAGGCCUUAGAACCUCCUAGAGAGGAGGCUAUAAACUCAGCAGUUUCAUUAUUAUAUGAGGUUGGUGCCAUUGGAAAUGAUGAAGAAUUGACACCUCUUGGAUAUCAUUUGGCAAAACUUCCAGUUGAUGUAUUGAUUGGAAAGAUGUUGAUAUAUGGUGGAAUAUUUGGAUGUCUAUCUCCGAUUCUUUCUAUAUCAGCAUUUUUAAGCCACAAAUCACCUUUCAUAUAUCCAAAAGAUGAGCGGCAAAAUGCUGAAACAGCAAGAUUGGCUCUGUUGACUGAUAAGUUAGAUGGUGGUGAAUUAGAUGAUGGUAAUAAGAACUCUGACCACCUGCUGAUGAUGGUUGCUUAUAGCAAAUGGAAUAAGAUUCUGCACGAGAGGGGAGAUCGUGCAGCAAAACAAUUUUGCAGUAAAUAUUUCUUAAGCAGUUCAGUGAUGCAUAUGAUAAGAGACAUGCGAAUACAAUUUGGGACAUUGCUAGCAGACAUUGGACUGAUCAAUUCUCCAAAGAGCCAUCAGGUUCAGGGAAAUAGAAAUGAUAAACUUGACAAUUGGUUUUCGGAUAUGUCCCAACCAUUCAAUAUGUAUGCACAUUAUCCAUCAGUUGUGAAGGCAAUAAUAUGUGCAGGACUAUACCCCAAUUUAGCUGCCACAGAAGAUGGAUUGGUCAAACCGCCUUCUGGUUCAGUUAAGUUCUCUUCUACUUCAGCAAUAAAGGGACGCCCUGCUCUAUACGAUGGAAAACGAGAAGUUCACAUACAUCCUUCUUCUAUCAAUAGCACUUUACAAGUUUUCCAACAUCCAUUUAUUGUCUUCCUAGAAAAGGUAGAAACAAACAAGAUAUUUCUUCGGGACACUACAAUUGUAUCCCCUUACUCUGUUUUACUUUUUGGUGGUCCAAUAGAUGUUCAACACCAGACUGGAGUGGUUACUAUAGAUGGUUGGAUAAAACUGGCAGCACCAGCUCAAACUGCUGUCCUGUUCAAAGAACUUCGGAUAACUCUUCAUUCUUUUAUGAAGGAUAUGAUAAAAAAUCCGCAAGCGGGAAUAAUUGCGAACAAUGAAGUUGUGAGAACCAUUGUACAUUUGCUGUUAGAACAAGAAACAUCUGCAAAGUGAUCAAUGUUAACCAACCGCCGAUGGAAAGUAAACAUACCGACUGAUAUUGGAAGUUGCAUAUCCCUGUCAAACGAAUUCACCAAAAUUUAUCAAGGUGUGGCUGUUUUCUACAACAUAAUGCCCCAAUUAUACAUAUCCAUACACUUAUUUGGUGAAAUCCAAAUAUUGAUUUUCUUACUGUAAUAGCUUGAAUAGCUAAGUUUGUCUAUACGUGGAUGGGAUGCAAUGACUUUUAAGGGAAGGCUACAUGUAUUGUUACAUUUUCAAUUACAGGUUUCUCUGAGACUUAUUA